CCCGCGGCCCUGCCGCCAUUUCGUGCGCGUGUGAGGAGUGCGGGGUCCCGGUCGCGGCGCCCCCGCCCGUCCCUGGAGAUGGCGCGGCAGGGGCUUAGCCGGGCGCUGGUCUCCGCCGCCUGGCUGUCGGAGGCGGUGCGGGCCGGGCGGGUGGGGUCCGGCCUGCGGGUGCUGGACGCCUCCUGGUACCCCCCGAAGGAGCGAAACGCCCGUCAGGAGUUCAAAGAGAGGCACAUCCCUGGGGCGUCAUUCUUCGACAUCGAGGAGUGCCGGGACAAGUCCUCCCCCUACGACUUCAUGCUGCCCAGCGAGUCCCACUUCGCCGACUACGUGGGGCGGCUGGGUGUCAGCAAUGACACUCACGUGGUGGUGUACGACGGGGACGAGGUGGGCACUUUCUACGCCCCCCGCGCCUGGUGGAUGUUCCGGGCCUUUGGGCACAAGGAGGUCUCUGUACUAAACGGUGGCUUCAAGAACUGGGUGAAGGAGGGGCACCCCGUCACGGCGGAGGUCAGCCAGCCCACCCCUGCUGUCUUCAAGGCCAGGCUAAAUAGGGCCCUGGUGAAGACUUUUGAGGAGAUGGUACAGAACGUGUCGUCCAUAAAGUUCCAGGUAGUGGAUUCCCGCCCUGAGGGCCGGUUCCGGGGGACCGAGCUGGACCAAGGGCUGGAAUCUGGCCACAUCCCUGGUGCUGUGAACAUACCCUUCCACUCAUUCCUAUCCGAAACCGGACAUGAGAAGAGUAUUGAGGAGAUCCAAGAAAUAUUCCGUGCGAAGAAAGUGGAUCUCUCAAAGCCACUGACGGCCACAUGCCGCAAAGGUGUCACGGCGUGUCAGAUUGCCUUGGCAGCCUUCCUGUGUGGCAAGCAGGAUGUGGCUGUUUAUGAUGGUUCCUGGUCAGAGUGGUUCCACCGUGCCCCACCACACUACAAGGUCUCUGAGGUGAAGCGCAACAAGGCCUAGAGGGGGAGCUUUGUCUUGGGCAGUGAGAUCUAGCAGCUCUUUCCAGCCCAGAGUAAAGUGAAAGGGAGGAAAUAGAAGUAAGGAAAAAAAUAUGCUGAUUUGUAUUUUGCAAAUUUUUCUAAGAAUGAUCAGUAGAUUUCUAUUAAUCUUCUGGGUUUUCUCAAUUAAUAAAAUCUAAGAUGAUGCAUCUGUGAA